CGCCAUGUUGGCCAUCUGGCAAUCCUUUUCCGUGAAAACGCUGCAACAAGAAAGUUGUCUGGUUCAGCGCUGGUUGGAAUUUUUGCCCAAAAAUCAACUAUCUCGACCGGAUAAUAGCAUCUGAAGAAUGGCUGCCGUCGCUAAAGAUAUUGAGAAGCCGCAGGCGGAAGUGGCGUCUGUCCAUCGCAUUCGCAUCACGCUGACCUCACGCAAUGUGCGCUCCCUGGAGAAGGUGUGCGCGGAUCUGGUGACGGGCGCGAAGAAGCAGAAACUGCGCGUGAAGGGUCCCGUCCGGAUGCCCACGAAGAUCUUGAGGAUCACCACCAGGAAGACACCUUGCGGUGAGGGAUCCAAGACAUGGGAUCGCUUCCAGAUGAGAAUCCACAAGAGGAUCAUCGAUUUGCACUCUCCAUCGGAGAUCGUGAAGCAGAUCACGUCCAUCAACAUUGAGCCUGGAGUGGUGAUCGAAGUGACCAUCGCUGGGGCUUAAGCGUGACUCCCGGACAGUGAAAUCAGGGAAAUAAACGGCAUUUUUCCUUGACA